AUGAACCUAUUUUAUCUUGCAAGCUUACUGAUCAUAUUCAAUGUAUGUGCUUAUGGAUCCUCACUUAAACCUGGUGAAUCAGAAACAAGACCAGUUGAUACUGCCGGAGGACAUUUCGUUGGAAUGUUUGAAUACCAUCUAGCAGCAGCCGAACAUGAGAAACAUAAAUAUCAUACUGAGCAAAGUAGGAAAAAGUUCUUUUUAAAUCCUGCUAAAAUCUAUCAUAAUAUCAAAGCGAAAAAGGCUGACAGUAAUCACGAAGCUCACCUUAAAAAUGUCAACGAAAUAGCAGCCGCACAAAGAACAGGUUUCGCCAAGGUGACAAAAAGUAAAAGCGGAAAUAAGAACCAUUAUGAGGCCGUUCAUUCUCAGCCUGAUGAUACUUCAGCUUGA